CUCAACUCCCUCCCAUUCGGGGCCAUAAUUUCGCCAGCCCAGCUACCAUCUUCAAUUCCAUCCACCAUCGUAUCCUCUCCUUCUUUUCGCGCCCAUUCGACCUUGGAAUCCUGCAGCGGUUCUUCGUCACCCUCAUUUACAACAAACCACCGAUUUCUUCAUAAUGUCUUCUCCUCGCCCCUCCUCUCCCGAUAACGCGGCUGCCAGCGGCGCCGCCAUCGGCCGUCCUUCCUCCCCUUCCGCACCUGGCGGUCCCCGUACUGCCAUCCGACGACGCGCCGCCGCCGACCAGAAGGAGAAGAUUGCCAAUGCCCGGCCAAGCAGCACCCGAGCCGCUGGCGCUGGCGGCUCCAGCAGCACCAUGCUGCGACUCUACACCGACGAGUCUCCCGGCCUGAAGGUCGACCCCGUCGUUGUCCUUGUUCUGUCCCUGGUGUUCAUCUUCAGUGUUGUUGCUCUGCACAUUAUUGCCAAGAUCACCCGAAAAUUCUCGAGCUAAAUGAGCGAUGGUCGAUGGUGGAGUGACGGAGGAAGCAUGAAGACUGGUGUGCUUUUCACUGUGGCGUAGGUUUUCAUCUGGGACAAUCGAUGAUGCGGGAUCUACAAUGGGCUU